ACUCUCCCCGCCGUCUCGACCCUUACUUUGACCUUGAUUCCCCGCCAUUGUCCCUUUUAUUUGGAGUAAAUUGAAGUUUAUAUCGGUUGAUUUUUCUGGUGUAUAUUUUGCUACCCGGAUUACUUGAAUUCUUUCAAACUACGCAGUCGCUUUUUCGUCCACGCUCCGAGGAACCAGUUACCGGACUAUCACCGCAUCAAAAGCGUGUACGACUGCUUGGAAAGCCUUUCAACGGACGGAAACGAGACAAACCAACCCCCAAUAUGCCUCUCGAUACAUCUACGACUUAUCCUCUCACCAAAUUGCGCCUUGAUGGCCGCCGGUGGAACGAGCUUCGUCUUCUUCAAGCGCAGAUCUCCACAAAUCCAGCCAGUUCUGGCUCCUCCUACCUGGCCAUGGGUAAUACGACUAUCAUGUGCUCAGUCCACGGUCCUGCUGAGGGACGUCGAGGCGAUGCGACCGGCGGCACAGCGGGUUCUUCGGGGGCUGUGGUAGAGGUUGAUGUCAACGUCGCUGGAUUUGCGGGAGUUGAUCGCAAGAGAAGGGUGGGAGGAAGCGAUAAGCAAUCAUCACGCAUUGCAACUACUCUACGGGCUGCUUUCCAGUCGCAUCUUCACACCUACCUUUACCCCCACAGCACUAUAAGCAUUCACGUUUCAGUAUUAUCGGCCGAUGGCUCUCUUCUUGCCGCUGCUAUCAACGCUUGCACCCUAGCACUCGUAGAUGCAGGCGUCCCCAUGCCGGGCUUACUCUGUGGCUGCACAGCUGGUAUGAGCGGAAGUGCUUCCACUCCCCGCGAUCCUAAAAAUGACGAGCUCGAUCCGAUUCUGGAUCUAUCUUUGCCGGAGGAGCAGGAGCUCCCAUUUCUCACCGUGGGCACCACGACGUCCGUGCCAGUGGGAGAGAACGCGAUGGAUGAUGACGAGGAAGACAUGAAAGUAUCCAUGCUGAACAUGGACUCGAAAGUGCAUUGCACGUAUGUUGAGACGAUGCUUGCCGUCGGGAUUGAUGGCUGCAAGCAGAUCCGAGAGAUCUUGGAGGGAGUCCUCAAAGGAUCCAACCAAUCAUGAUAGGUCUCUCAAGUGAAUCUUUCUGUAUCUAUCAAAAGCUCUUUAUACCCACAUGGUGCACUUUAGAGGUGUUGGGGCGUGUCUGGUUGGAUUAAAUUCGAUAUUUACUAAGUUUCUUUUCU